ACAAUGCAAACCCUCUGGACGAUAAAGAGUCUCUAUUGGAGCCAAAGACCGACCCCCUUUUGGGUUCCUUCUGGUUCUUCCACGUUAGUCGCCGGAGACGCCAACCAAAGAGCACCUGAAGUACGAGAAAAGAUUCCUACUUCUGAGACCAUCUUCAUAAACCUGAAGCAAAGACGAAGCCUUUGAUUUGUAGCCUCUAGAUUUUGAACCUGGAGCUAAGUUCCGUAUGUGAUUACUUAUGGCUGCAUCAAACGUUCGUAGUAGUAGCAGCUUCUCUCGCAACAUAUCAGUUGUGUCAUCGCCUCAAAUUCCUGGUCUCAAAAGUGGUCCUAAUGGCACAGCUUUUAUAUCGACUGGGAUUCGUGAUCUUGACAGGAUACUAGGUGGUGGGUAUCCUUUGGGAAGCUUAGUAAUGGUGAUGGAAGAUCCUGAAGCACCGCAUCAUAUGGAUCUGUUAAGAACUUUCAUGUCUCAGGGGCUUGUUAACAAUCAACCACUUCUUUAUGCUAGUCCUUCGAAAGAUCCGAGAGGGUUUCUUGGCACUUUGCCGCAUCCUGCAUCAUCCAAAGAGGAUAAGUCUACUGCGCCAGACCCUGAUCAGGGAGAGAGCUUGAGGAUCGCUUGGCAGUAUCGGAAGUAUUUGGAAAGCCAGAAGAAUUCUAUUGAUGAUUACUCAAAUGACUUUGAUAUGAGAAAGCCCUUGGAGAGGCAAUUUCUUAGCGGACGGCCGAUAGAUUGUGUCAGCCUGUUAGAUUCUUCAGAUCUUUCCGUUGCUCAAGACCACUGCUCUACCUUUUUAUCAAAAUUUUCAAGAAGCAGCAGUAACAUUGCAUCCAUUGGUCGCAUCGCAAUCCAGUCAUUCAGCUCUCCCUUGUGUGAGUAUUCUGAUAAGGAAUCAGACAUGCUCUCGUUCAUAAGAUUGCUGAAAAGUAUGCUCAUGGUUUCAAAUGCGGUAGCCAUUGUUACUUUCCCGCCUUCUUUGCUCUCACCAUCUUCCUCAAAAAGACUGCAGCAUAUGGCAGAUACCUUGCUCUCUAUCAAAGCAAUUCCAGAUGGUGACAAGGAAUUGGAGAAACUCCUCACAGGCUACAAGGAUAUAAAUGGAUUCCUCAACAUACACAAGGUUGCUCGUAUCAACACACAGGUGCCUGUAAUUCUUGAGGCAAAAACCUUCUCAAUGAGCCUGAAGAAGAGAAGAUUCUUGGCCCUAGAGUGUCUGAAUCAAGCCCCUGUAGACGGGUCCAGUGGAACAUCAUAUGGCACAUCUGGUAGCUGCUCAUCCAAAUCCGGAGCACUCGAUUUUUGAGUUGCUGAGUUAGUCUUUCUUUUCUUCUUAGUUUUUUUUUUUCCUCUCCAUUGAGUUCUCUGAUUUCACUCAGUAACCUGAGCAAUUACAUUGUAGAGUGUUUGGUCUUAAAAACAGUUUUUGACAUUAGCUAAAAAGAAAAGAAGCAAUAUGUUUUUAUAAUGAAAUCUAAUUUAUUUCAUUUCUGUAUUAUAUACUCUUAUGAAACUAUGACCAAUGAUAGAUGCUAGUUACUAAA